AUGGACUAUAAGAAGUUUUUGAUGUUUGGUGACUCCAUAACGGAGUACGCGUUCCAACCAAGGACUUUACCUGACUCUAGUAAAGCCUCAUUCUGCUUUGGUGGUGCUUUAACAAGCGCUUAUGUCCGUCGAUUGCAGGUUCUGCAACGUGGGUUCAGCGGUUAUAAUUCUAGAUGGGGGUUGAAGUUGUUGCCCAAAAUCUUAGAUGUUGAAGAUGAUAUUGUAAUUGCCUAUGUGUUCUUCGGAACAAACGAUGCUGCUAGAGGCAACCACCAAGAGGUCCCUAUAGAUGAAUAUAAGAAUAAUAUUAGCGAUAUAAUAAAAAUGUUACAAGCAAACGGUAUAAAAGUUAUUUUGGUAGGGCCUGGUCUACUUGAUUCUGAUAAAUGGCGUGUCACUGACAAUAUUGGUCGUUGUGGUGAUAGAUCUAGUGAAUAUCACAAAGUUUACAGCGAUGCUUUGCAAGAACUAUCUAAGGAGUUUUCUACUGGCUUUGUAAAUUUAUUUGAUGCUUUUUUAAAGCAAGGGGGUGAUAAUUGGCGAGACUUGUUAAGUGAUGGCCUUCACUACAGUGGGCAAGGUUACGAAAUUUUUUACAAUGAGUUAAUGUCUGUUAUCAAACAAAAGUACCCCGACUUGGCACCAGAAAAUUUACCUUUUAAAUUCCCACUCUGGGAGGAGGUUUCAAUUGAUGGUUCAAACAUAUAG